CUGUCCAUCACUUUCCUCGUUCUAAACUCCAUGUGCAUUACAGGUCACAGCCUACAAGAUCGAGCAAGCAUCUCUCCCUUCAUUAGCUGUCCGUGCGGGUAAAAUAACAAAUAGAAUACGAGCAUUAGUUACAAACCAAACAAGCCGGCAGGUUGUCAACGUCCCGGCCCCGUCCAUUAUAAGCAGACAAUACUCCAAACGCGAGAGCAUCAAAGCAAUAUCGAAUCGGACGAACCAUUCCCACCAUCAUGAUGUUCUCCGUGACCAAAUUGGCUCCCGCGUUGGUCGGUCCCAGCGAGCAGACGCCGGCCGGCAAUCUCCCCCUCUCUUCCAUCGACCUGACACCGGCCCUGAGAGAUGUCAUGGUCGACUCCAUCCAUGUUUUCCAGCACGGCGUCGAGCCGGCCAGGGUCAUAAGGGAAGCGCUGUCCAGGGCCCUGGUCCCCUACUACCCGGUCGCCGGCCGGCUCCUCAAGUGCGACGACGGCGACAUGGUGGUUGCUUGCACCGGGGAAGGUGCAUGGUUCGUCGAGGCCACGGCGAAUUUUAGCCUCAAAGAUGUCAACAACCUCCAACGGCCUCUCAUGAUCCCAAAGGAAGAGUUCCUUCCAGUCCUCCCCCCGGACGUAAGCCGAGAGGGUGUCAUUUUCAUGUUGCAGGUCACACAAUUUACAUGCGGUGGAUUCUCCGUCGGCAUCAUAUCCAGCCAUGCGAUGUUUGAUGGCCUCGGGGCAGCCCAAUUUGUGAACGCGAUCGCGGACAUGGCCCGAGGCCUCCCACGGCCCACGGUGGAGCCCAUUUGGUGCCGAGAGGACAUCCCCAAGUUCAACCCAGCCAAGCCCCCGCAAGGGCCGCCACCGACCCUGACGGACUUCGACUUCGAGUACUCCAUAGCCGACAUCUCCUUGGACAGCAUCAACCAAUUCAAGGACCGAUUCAUGAACGAGACUGGGCAGAGAUGCUCCACCUUCGACAUCGUCGCGGCGAUGGCCUGGCGAGCUCGAACUCGAGCUAUUAAUCUCGAGCCCCACGUCGAAGUCCGCUUCGGCUUCGCAGCCGAUACCCGCCACCUGUUCGAUCAAAUGAUACCACAUAGAAAAGGUUAUUACGGGAAUGCUGUGUACCCCGUGACCGUCUCGGCAGCUAGCGAGAAGAUCGUUCGCUCAUCGCUCGUCGAGAUUGUGAGCCUCAUUAGAGAAGCUAAACAGAUGUUGCCGAGCAAGUUCUCGAAAUGGACGAUGGGUGAGAACGAGGAGGACCCGUACAAAGUGCCCUUCGACUAUGGCACGUUUAUCAUAGCAGAUUGGAACAAGGUGGGAUUUUACGAGGUAGAUUAUGGAUGGGGAGUGCCCAUGCAUCUCGUCCCUUUCAACGACGGGAAUUUUAUUGGGUCGUUCAUCAUGCUCAAGCCGCCCGCACCUAAGCAGGGCGUGAGGCUGAUGAUGAGGUGUGUUGUGAAAGAACACCUGGCUGUCUUCGAUGAUGAAAUUACGAACUUGGUUUAGCAGCCAUCAAUCGAUCCCCUUUCUGUCUUGAUCUCUUUUAAGGACAUUGUUUCGUUAUUCUCUUAUUGAGCAUCAAUGUUCAGCUGUAGUUAGCUUUACUUUGAUGGCGAUGUUCAAUUUUGUUGCCUUAUCUAUUGUUAUUGUCUUUCUCAAAU